AUGAAAACAUACAGACUUCACACCAAAAGAGCCAUAGCCGCUGCUGCACAUACGUGGACUUCAAAUCUCCACAAGGUCAGACAAUCUCUUAAAAAUGUUUAUCAGAAAUAUACGAUCCAGCACACACGCUCAGCUACAUAUCCAAAAGUGGUUUCCUAUGACCGUGACCAUGAUCAUCUCAGUUUGAACGAAGAAAUGAAUCUUACCACAACGUUCCAAGACAUUAAAAUGGGCCAGACUGAACUCCUCAGUCAAAUGACUGACAUUGUCAGUGCAAUAUCAAAUAUCUAGGAAAAGAUCGCCCACUAUCAGAAGCAGAUGGAGGUCCUAGAGACAAGAAUAAAAGUUUAUGAAGACAGACAAAUCACAACUGCCAAAGACAUGCUCUCCAUGAAAGAAGACAUUGAUGCUUUAAAGAAGAUAACAGAGCUGGAGAACCAGAACUAAAGCAUACACUGUCUAGAGGUGCUGGAGGGACAAAAGGGUAAAGAACUCAUGGAGCUGCUUCAUAAACUCUUAUGGCCAGAAACUCUGAAGAACACAGCAGUCCCUACAGAUACUGAACUCUCUUCAGCCAAACCAGAGAAAGUGCCCCAUUACCCACAGCCCACUGGUCAUCAUGAGGAAGAAACAAUCCCUCCCAAAAUUAAAACCCUGAGGAAAAAGAACUCCCCAAAUGUACCAGCAAAUUUUGAAAAGGUGAAGUCAAAUAUUUAUAUUUACCCUGACUUCAGUACAUGGAUCAAGCUAACUUUUGUUCAUGGAGGAAAGUGGAGAUUUUUCCUCAGUGCCACCAAGUUAGAGGAAUUCAUCCAGUGGCUCCUUUCUAGGCCAAGUAUCCUUCCUGAGGAACCACAAAUCAUACCCCAGAGAGACUAUGCCUUCACUGGACCUAUUGCAAGCUUGACCGCAAUUUGUCUUUCUCUUUUCAACUAUAUUUACUGCCUUUUUGGUUCCUCAAAAGAGGAAGUAACUCGGCUUUAG